GAAGAAAGUCAGCUCGAAAAGAGACCUCCAUCACCAAAGAAGCACUGAUAGUUAUGACUCCUCUGUCUUCAAGCAACAAGAAAUAUUCCUCCUGCCCGGUGAUAGAAAUAGCGAGGCACAAUAACUUUUUUUUUACGGCGGGCUCUACUUCCUUCGUCUAGCAGGGACAAAUCAUGGCUCCGAUAGAAGAACAUCAGGAGCGUCGAAAUUCAGGGUUUCGAGGUCUCACGAAAAAAGAGAUGCGGCGAUUGGCCCGCCGUGCUGGUGUCACCCACGUGUCAGCUGCGAUGCAUCGAGAAGCGAGUACAGAUAUGCUCACAGUUACUUUUUAGAUAGUUGUUAGAGUCUUGAUUCCGUACAUAACUCUUAAUCGCCAGGUGUUUAAUGUCAGGAGGAGAAUUCUCGUCUUCCACAGUGCAGGCGCCUGCUUGAAGUAGUUCAGAAGCAAAGUUUCGUUAAACGUUACGUAAUGCAAACAAUACUCAAGUCACCCAUCAUCCUCGGAGUCGAGUCAGGUGCCGGGCGGACUCGUUGUGCAGGAUUCACAACCUAACCUAACCUACGAUCUGUGCAGGAUCCAUAACCCCACCUAACCUGUUAGUUUGUUCAGCUCAAUAUAUUUCAUUGAAGUGGUGGUCACUUCAAAUUAUCUGUUACCCGAUCGCUUAUUCAUACACCCUAUCAGAUGCGCAUAUGCAACACUUUAUGCGUGAGGUUCUACGCGAUAUCAUGGGACAGUGUGCGGCGGAAGGAACAAACACGGUGCUUAAGGCGUAAAAACUUUUGGACAGGCAAAAACAUGAUGAUAUCUCAUUGCUCAUACAACUCAUCGACAAUAGUCUAAUCUCCGUCCUCAAAUUGUUAGAAAUUCUUCCCGCGUCCCUUCUAAUGUGCGUUCCCGUCAUGUGCUCCACGCAGUGCGAGAUUACCGAUUAACCAAUCCACCUGGAGCUUUCACACUCGCUGAUGUAGAGGGUGAACACGAACCAGGAUCGGUCGGAAGCACAUCAAUCGAUGGCAGUAUGGAAGAUGAGGCAAGGGGCGCUGAUGAGUCCAUGGUUGAUGGUGGAAAUACGGACCCUACUCCAACUCAUUAGUCGACAGUUACGCCAGAAUCGAGUCAACAGAUGGAGAGUAUGCAUAAGUACUUUGGAGUCAUGAAAGUAAGCUUAGGAUGAACCAUGUAUCAGCUUGUCAUGAUUGAAGAAGUAGCAUGUUAUUGUGGAAAAUUUCGUGGUGGAAGAUAAAACGACUAGGAUCAUACGUUUGAAAAUGGUAGCUACCUGAUGUUUCUAUCGAUCGAUUAGAGUGAUGUUCAGAAGGGGAACCCUAAACCCUAAACCCUCAAGAAAUAAACUAUCAAAACCAUAUCUCAUCAGCAUCACAAAAAUUUAUUGUUUUUUUAUUCACUCCGCCUAAAUUGCAGUUUUUGGAAUUUGAUCCACACAUUUGGUUCCAUGGCUUUAUUCUCAUAGAAAUAGUCUGUUGCCAUCAAGAUACUACUUAGUUGAUAGUUCCAAGAAUCGCUGAAGCACCCUAGAAUGUUCAGUAGUCAUAUUUUUGCACCACGACGGAGUCAGUAUUUUCUUGGAGUUGGAAACAAGUGAGCAUUAUUCAAGAAUCAUCUACAUGAUCCUAUGACUAGAAAAUAAGUGUUUGUUUUGCGAUUGGGGUCAACAACAACAUACUUACCUUGCUGGAUGAAUGUGCGCGCGUAUCAGAGAGAUAUAGCGGGUGGCCUGCGGCUUGGACCAGCACGACGACAGGCCCCAGACCUUGUAACACCAGAAGAUCAUAGCGACCUCCCGCUUGAAGAUCGACUCCAGGAAAAAAAAAUUAUUGUAUGUCCUGGAGUUGAUCUUCAAGCGGGAAAUGACAGUUGAUCACGCCUGCAU